GUUAGUUUAUCUCUCCCUACCAUCUUCCCUCCUCCUCUGUCUUCAUGCUCUCUCUUUCUAUUUAUUCUUCUGUAGUCAUUGUCUUCAUUUCUAUCAUUAUUCAUUUACUACAGGUUUCAAAAUGAGAGCUGAACACAAAGCUCCUAUAAUAGGGGAGUCCCUCUACCUGUGGGCAGGGAACCAAUUUGACUUACCUAGAGUUCAUGACUCCCUUCAAAAGAGGGAACUGACCUCAAGAGUUGAUGUGUACCAGCUUUCUACUGCUGACUGGUUGUCUCACCUAACAAGAGGUACUCCUCCAUUAGGAGUAAUGGACUACUCCUGUACCACCUCUCAUUCUAAUAUUUACUAUUUCGGUGGAGAUUGUGGUCAUGAUGACUGUUACAACAAUACGUUGAAUGUACUGAAUACGAUAAAGAUGGAGUGGACUUCAUGCAGUAAUGCUAAACAGUCGUUGAUGAAGAAAUCUCUUGCUGGAAUGAUAUCACUUGAAUUUGAUGGAGCAGAAUACCUUGUCAUAAUAGGAGGGCUUGGUUCUACACCAACUGUUUACCAUCCUCAGUUUCAAUAUGAUCAACUAAAUGAUGGUUAUGUUCGUACUAAUGAACAGUUACUUUAUAAUGUGUCCACUGGACAAUUCACUGUUCCAUCUGUUAGUGGACAGUGUUGUCCACCAACUGAUGGUUUUAUAAUUGAGAAGAUUACUACUACCGGUAACAGAGGAAUAAUGUUUGGGGGUAUGGUGACUGUUAAUGGUGAUGAGACUACAUUUACUAACAGUGUUUACAUAUUGAGUGUGACACAUAGUAUAAUAAACUGGGAGAUACUGAAACCAGGAGCAAUACCUAAUGAGGGACCUUGGCUUAUGGAGAGAUUUUCUCAUGCUAGUGCUAUUAUCAAUGGUGACUCUACCUCACCUACACUAGUAGUGAUUGGUGGACUGGAUAAGAAUACUCAACUAUUAGGUCAUGCAGUUGAGAGUAUGACACUAGUACUGAUGUAUAUUGAUGAUAGAUUAGUAAUUGUUAGUGUGUUGAGUAGAUAA